GGAUGUUCUCUCUCCGAGGCCUGGGACGCUCGUAGCAAGAGUUUUGAGAUGAAGAACGGACCGCUCGUCGGGGUCGACCGGUUUCAGUGAUCCGUCCCAGCGGUGUUGCUCGGCAGCCCGGUGUCCUGCGGGGUCCCGCCGUGUCUCGCCAUGUCCAGCGGGCAGUGGAAGCCCUUCGUGUUCGGCGGACUGGCCUCGGUCACCGCAGAAUGCGGUACCUUCCCCAUCGACCUGACCAAAACACGUCUCCAGGUGCAGGGCCAGGUGGGCGACAGCAAGUUCCGGGAGAUCCGCUACCGGGGGAUGCUGCACGCGCUCGGCCGGAUCUGCAGGGAGGAAGGGCUGCGCGCGCUCUACUCCGGAAUAGCCCCUGCGGUGCUCCGACAAGCCUCUUAUGGGACCAUCAAGAUUGGCACCUAUCAGAGCUUCAAGCGUCUUCUAGUCGAAAACCCAGAAGAUGAAACCCUGCUCACGAACGUGCUUUGCGGCGUGCUCUCUGGAGUCAUCUCCUCAUCCAUCGCCAACCCCACAGAUGUGCUCAAGAUCCGGAUGCAGGCGCAGGGAAGAGUGAUUCAGGGGGGCAUGAUGGGAAACUUCAUAGACAUCUACCAGCAGGAGGGAACACGUGGACUUUGGAAGGGGGUGUCUCUGACUGCUCAGAGGGCUGCCAUUGUGGUGGGAGUGGAGCUGCCAGUGUAUGACCUCACCAAGAAGCGGCUGAUCCUCUCUGGUUACAUGGGAGACACGGUGUACACACACUUCCUCUCCAGUGUGGUGUGCGGCUUGGCCGGAGCCCUGGCCUCGAACCCCAUCGACGUGGUGCGGACUCGCAUGAUGAACCAGAGAGCCCUUCUGGACGGCACCUCCGGGGGAUACAAAGGCACUGUGGACUGUCUCGUGAAGACAUGGAGGUCAGAAGGUUUCCUCGCCUUGUACAAAGGUUUUUUCCCUAACUGGUUACGUCUCGGCCCAUGGAAUGUCAUCUUCUUCAUCACCUACGAGCAGUUGAAGAAGCUUGACAUGUAAAUGUGUGGAUCCAGUGCGGGGAAUUUUUUUUUUUUUUUGUUAGAAAAUGCAUAAAAUAACUGAUUUAUGUCAUGUCACACGCUUAUGAUGUCACAGAACUGUCUGGGACUGGGUUUUUCAGGCCAUCUGCACCAAGAUGUGCGUACUGUGGUAAUGACCAACCACUUGACUGGACACACAGGCAGUGAUAUUAACAACCCCUUUCUCGUGAGCCACAGUGUCAGUUUGGACACCAGGCAAAAAGGUGUGCAAACUGUGCUGUUUCAGACCAGCACGGUAAGUACACAAGUAUUUGACAGUUUUCCAAAAUGAAAUGUCUUAAACUAAAGAGUUCAGAACAGACACACAAAGUUCAGUUGUGUACAAAUUGCACUGCAUGACAUAAUUAAAAAAAAAAAGCCUGUUCUUUAAAUAGCAUUCAAAGCCAAUGAAUCUGGUUUUAUUGUUCAGUGUCUCACUCACUCGCUCACACACGCACACACAUACACACACACACGUGUGUAUGUCUAUGUUAAUGUUGACAGCAUUAUAACAAAAUUUUGGAUUCACUAUUUGCCAAGUAUGAAGCAAGGCAAUUUACAGUGAGCCAAAAUGUGAUUUUCUCAGUUUUGUGUGUAUAUAAUUAAAAAAAAAAAAAAAAAAAAUUAAUGUAAAGCAUUUAUAUAUUUGCAUUUUGGCAGAAAUAACAGUUGAGUUGUUUUUAUGAGACAUGGCACACUGCACAUUACUUUCUCCACACACAUACAGUAUAACACAUAUACACUGCAUAUAGUCACUAGGUCCAGAAUGGAGGCAACAUAAAUUAUGACUUUAACCAGAGAGUUAAGAGUGGAGGCUGGAAUUGUUACUCUUCUUCUGUGGAAUUCAUAGUACUGUAUUAGGUUGUACUUGUAACAGCACAAGUCACUUUGGAAGACAGUGUUAGUAGGAUUGCAGGUUAACUGAUGAUCUGAACUUUUUUUUUACAGUCUCAGAAAGGAUGUUUUGUUUAAAUAUUUUUACUUAUAACUGAUCCGUUUACACCUAGGGAUUCCUAUGCGUCAAAAUGAAUUAUUUUGUUACCCAUUAAAUUUUAUUUUUAGAAUUUUUUUUUCAAUCUUAACAAGGCUGAAAUUUAACGAACACAAAGGGUACAUUAAUCUUUUUUGUGCCUAUGAAACUCUGAAUGUCUGUGUAUAAUUUAUAUACAUUCUAUUUAUCUAGGAGGUAAAAUUAGUAUGUGACUUUUGUCACAUGAUUUUUUCUAUGUGGACCAGUGCCUUAUUUCAGGUCUCCAUACAGUUUUGUAAAUUGCCAGAGUGUCAUGUUUCAAUGAUUGCACCAUCCAUGCAGUUUGGUUUUUGUUGGCAAACGGAUGGAAAGAAUUAAAUUGUUAGUUUUCAGCAGAUCACUAACAUGUGGGUCACAUACAGCAUGCUGUCAUGUCAAGCAUUUGUCACUUCAGUACUCAGUUUAUAUCUCCAAAGCCUGUGGUUAUUCACGUAUGUGCAUGUAAACUGUGAACUUGAUUAAAUGAAAAUAUUGCCAAAGCGGGUGGCGUUUGGGCGGAUGAAAACAUUAGUCCAUGACUAAUGUUUUAUGACUAAUUGAGCAGUUGAAGCACCUUGUAAGUUGUUUAUACCCUUAAAUUGGGAAGAAUUGGGAGAAUACAGGAUGUUACUGUGAGGUCUUAUUAUGUGUAACAAGUGUGUUCCAGCACCUUUGUACAGCUCUUUUAACAGUUCAUUAAUGUAUUGCGUAAUGUAUAUUAUCGGCGCUUCUGAAAUUGUAAUAAAAAAGCUAAACUGAA